GAAAUUAGAUUACUAAAAUAUUAAAAAUGAUCUAGAAAAAAAUAAAGACACAGAGAAAGUAUUAGAUUUAGUAAGUAAAAAAUAUUUAAUAGAAAAUGUAAUAUAAACUGAUAUAAAAGAUUAAUUAAUUUACAUUAUUUUGGAAUUUCUUAUAUUAAUGGAAUAAAAGUAGACAGAAAUAUUAAAUUACGAUAAUAAUAAAGUGAGAUAUUUAGGUAUAUUUUCAUCAAAUAAAACUGAUGAGAAAAUAUUAAAGAAAAGCUUAUAAAUAUAGGACUUAAUAUAAAAAAUAAAAUUAUGUUUAUGUAAAUAAAAAUUUGCGAUUUCUAAUUAAGAAUAUAUAAACGAAUAUGAUUAAAAAAAAGAGAUUUUUAAAAAAAUUAAAGAGAUUUAAUUCUAGUAAAAAAUUGUAUUUUAAUUUCCUAAUUUUUCUUUCGAAAACAAAGAAAUAUUCCAAACUGAAAAUUUUUAAAUAUAAUAAUUAGAAAAUAGCCGAAUAGCCUUUAUUUUAGGCGAAUAUAAUAUAUAUAAAGGACUCCCUACAUAAGCUCGAGAAGAAAAACUAAGAAAAUUUAUAUAUGAAGAGUUUAAAAGUUCAUUUGAUGAAUACAAUUUUUAUAUUUUAAGUUUUAAAGCUUUCCCACUUAUAGAUCCUAUGAUAAAUUAUGAAACUUAAAGUUUCGAAAAAUUGUCUUUUAUUAAAAAUCAUUUGCUUAUAGUUAAAAAAAAUAUAGAUUGGGAAUAACAUAAUUGGAUGAAUUAGGUUAUUUUUUAUGAUAUAGGAAGAAGUUUGUUUAAAAACAGAUUUUAAAAUAAAGAAGGCUAUGAGACAAUAAAAAAAAUAUCUAGAAAUCAUUGCAAUUUUAGAAUUAAUAUUUAAAAAGAUAAAAUUUAAUAUGUUUUAUAUAAUUAAAGUUUGAAUAAUAUUUAAAUUGAAAGAGGAUAUUGUAUUCAUAAAAAUAUUCUAAAUCUUUAAUUUUAAUAAUUUAUAGG